ACUUUCCGCUCGGGCCGUUCUUUGCCGAGACUAUUUUGGUCGGCGGCGGCUUUUGCCAGUCCAAACGUUGCGCUUCCAUUUGGCCUGCAUCUUCACGCUUCAGUUGAACGUUGUCUCGUUCCUCUUUUCUUUUCCGCAAAAUCAAGUCAAUGUCGCGGGCAAAAAAGCUCGGCGCCUUUUUGCACGUACGGUAUUUGACCGAUCGGAGGCCGUCAAAUUCCGCAAUGAUUUCACAAGCCCGGUGAUGAAAGAUGAUCGCCCUUUCCAAGAUCAAUAUUUAGAGGCGAUACUCUAGCGGGGACGACAAAUCAAUGUCUCCCCAUUUUUUGAACCUCCCCCAAGGCUGCUCUGUCACGCGUGUUGCCAAUCGGGUCUCUUUUGUUUGUUUGUUUGCCAAUCGCAGCGAGCGAAGGCGGCACGUUGCCGAUGGCGGAUGCGCGCCAGCGCAACGGGAGCGCCCGUCCGGGCGGGAAGCGGGCCGCCGUUCUCAGGCUUCACGUGUAUGGCGGCGUGCGGGGAGAGUCGGAGCGCCAGUUCCUGGCCUACCCGGCCGGCCGCUACGUGGCGGAGGAGCUGUGCGUGGACGCCGCUAAAGCGUGCGGUAUCUCGCCGCUCUACUUGGGCCUCUUCGGCCUGUUCCGGGAGCGAGACGGCCUGUGGCUGUGGCCCGGCCACCUUCUCCAGCUGGAGCAGGCGGCCUCCGAGGACGUCUUCUUUCGCGUCAGGUACUACUACCCCGGCUGGUACGGCGCCGGCGCGUCCCGGGCUUACCGCUACGGCGCCGCCGAGGGCUCGGAAACUCCCGUGCUGGAUGACCACGUCAUGUCCUACCUCUUUUAUCAGUGGAGGAGCGAUUUCAUCGGCGGCUCGGUGGAGCUCUCCGACUCGCACGAGACGCAGGAGGAGUGCCUCGGUCUGGCCGUGCUGGACAUGAUGCGGACCGCCAAGGAGAAAGAGAUGGCGCCGCUGGACGUCUACCGCGCCACAAGCUACAAGUCGUUCCUGCCCAAGGGCCUGCGGGCGCAGAUCGAGCGGCGCGGCUUCCUGACGCGCAAGCGCAUCCGCCGGCGCUUCCGGCGCUUCGUGGAGCGCUUGGGCCGCUUGGGCGCCGGCGCCAGCGCCCGCGACCUCAAGCUCAAGUACCUGAUCAGCAUGGAGGCGCUGGACCAGGCCUUCUACACGGAGAGCUUCCGCGCGCGAGAGCCGUCCGGCGGCGCCCGGCUGCUCCUGCUGGUGGCCGCCGACACCGGCGUCCAGUGGUGUCGCCCCGGCGCCAAAGAUUCUCCCCAGGUUGGCGCGCCGCCGCCCCGCUUGACUUCCGUCGUUGUCGAGCGAUUCCGCUCCAGGAUUUGCCCAUCCGGUACGGGCUGCUCCUCUCGGCUUGAGCGGCGUUGGCUCUGUUUGCAGGAGCCGCAGACGGUGUGCGACUUUCCGGAAGUGGUGGACGUCAGCGUCAAACGGGCCGGCAAGGAGGCGGCCUCCGAGAGCCGCCUGGUCACCAUCAGCAAGCGGGACGGCCAGAACCUGGAGCUGGAGUUCCCCGGUCUGGCCGAAGCGCUCUCCUUCGUGUCCCUGAUCGACGGUCACUACCGGCUGACGGCGGACGCGCAUCAUUACCUUUGCAAAGAAGCGGCGCCCCCCCGGCUGCUGGAGGCCGCGGCCUGCCGCUGCCACGGCCCCGUCUCGACCGAGUUCGCCGUCAAGCGCCUGCGGAGGUGCGGCGACGAGCGGGGCUCGUACCUUCUAAGGUGCAGCCCCAAGGACUUUGACAAGUACUUUCUGACUUUCCCCGUGGAGGUGUGCGGCUCGGUGGAGUACAAACACUGCCAGAUAACCCGCUCGGCGGAAGGCCACUUCAACCUCAGCGGAACCAGGAGGAACUUUGCCAGCCUGAAGGAUCUGCUGAGCUGCUACCGGAAGGAAGCCGUGCGCUCCGACGGCCUCCUUUUCCACUUUGCCAAGUGCUGCGCCCCGAGAGCCAAGGAAAAGUCCUGCCUCCUGGUGCGUCGGAGAAACGAGGCGUCGGACGCGCCUCCCUCGCCGUGGCCGCAGCGGCCGGGCGUCAGCCAGAUGGUCUUUCACACCAUCAAGAAGGAAGACCUGCAGUUCACGGACAGCCUGGGCAGAGGGACCUUCACCAAGAUCUUCAAAGGCGUGCGCAAGGAGCUCGGAGACUACGGCCUGGUGCACCAAACCCAAGUGGUCGUGAAAGUCUUGGAGCGGGCCCACAGGAACUACUCCGAGUCCUUCUUCGAAGCGGCCAGCAUGAUGAGCCAGCUCUCCCACAAGCACUUGCUUCUCAACUACGGCGUGUGUGUUUGCGGCCAAGAGAACAUGAUGGUGCAGGAGUACGUCGAGUUUGGCUCGCUGGACACCUACUUGAAGAAGAACAACAACUCGCUGAACGUGGCGUGGAAGCUGGAGGUGGCCAAGCAGCUGGCCUGGGCCAUGAACUUCCUGGAGGAGAAGGGCCUGGUCCACGGAAACGUGUGCGCCAAAAACGUGUUGCUGAUCCGAGAGGAGGACCGGCGGGUCGGGAACCCCCCCUUUGUCAAGCUGAGCGACCCCGGCGUCGGCGUCGCCGUCUUGCCUGCAGACGUUUUGACGGAGAGGAUCCCCUGGGUGCCCCCCGAGUGCAUCGAGGACCCCGCCCGGCUGAGCCCGGCCGCCGACAAGUGGGGCUACGGCGUCACUCUUUGGGAACUCUGCGGCGGCGGCGAAAGGCCGCUGGCGGCGCUGGACGACUCCCAGAAACGGCUGUUCUACGAGGACCGGCGCAGGCUCCCCGCGCCCAAGUGGACCGAGCUGGCCGACCUGAUCGCCGACUGCACGGACUACGAGCCCACCUUCCGGCCCAGCUUUGGCGCCGUCAUCCGGGACCUGAACGGCCUCUUGGCGCCAGAUUACGAGCUGAUCGGAGACGGCGACAUCCUUCCCGCCCGGACGGCGGCCCGCGGCCCCACGGCGGGAGGCUUGGAGAGUCGGGAGCCGGCGCGGUUCGAGGAGAGACACCUGCGGUUUUUGCAGCAGCUCGGAAAGGGCAACUUUGGCAGCGUGGAGAUGUGCCGUUACGACCCGCUGCAGGACAACACGGGCGAGGUGGUGGCCGUCAAGAAGCUGCAGCACGGCACCGCCGAACACAUCCGCGACUUUGAGCGCGAGAUCGACAUCCUCAAGUCUCUGCAGCACGACAACAUUGUCAAGUACAAAGGCGUCUGCUACAGCGCCGGCCGCCGCAAUCUGCGCCUGGUCAUGGAAUACCUUCCUUUCGGAAGCCUGCGAGACUACCUGAUCAAGAACAAGGAGAGGAUGGACCGCCACAAGCUGAUGCGCUACACCUCCCAGAUCUGCAAGGGAAUGGAGUACCUGUCGGCCAAGCGCUACAUUCACCGCGACCUGGCCACGCGCAACAUCCUGGUGGAGAGCGAGCGGCGCGUCAAGAUCGGCGACUUUGGGCUGAGCAAAGUUCUGCCUCAGGACAAGGAGUACUACUUGGUCAAAGAGCCGGGGGAGAGCCCCAUCUUUUGGUACGCCCCCGAGUCGCUGACGGAGAGCAGGUUCUCCGUGGCGUCGGACGUGUGGAGCUUCGGCGUGGUGCUCUACGAGCUCUUCACCCGCAGCGAGAAGAAUUGCAGCCCGCCGGCCAUUUUCAUGUCCAUGAUGGGCAACGACAAGCAGGGCCAACUGAUCGUCUACCACCUGAUGGAGCUGCUCAGGUCGGGCAGCAGGCUACCGCAGCCCGCCCGCUGUCCCGCCGAGAUUUACGAGAUCAUGGUGGAGUGCUGGGCCGACGACUUGAGCCUGCGUCCGUCUUUCAGCGAGUUGACUCUGCGCAUCGAUCUGCUCAGGGACGCCGACUGAGCGCCUGGCCGACGAGGCCGCUCUCACCCAAAGUGCCACGGACGGCUCUUUUCGAUUUGAUGCCUACCAGGAAAAAAACUCAACAAAAAACAUCCAACCACAGUCGGCCUGAUGUUGAUUUUCAAAUGUAUGAGAGAGACUGUCAAUAGAGGGGGGAGGAGGGGGUGUUCAUUUGUUUUUUGUUUGUUUUUUUGUGGCUUGCUUCUGUGUGCGUGUGUGGAUACGAGUGCGUGCGUGUUAGCCACCCAUAAACCGCUAGCAGGGCUAGCUGUCACCAGGAUGUUUCUCUCCCUGGAAAAAGACCGUUUUCUAUGCAAGUGUAUAUAAACGCCGACAGUAUAUAUUUGUGUA